AUGGAGACAGCUUCAGCAAUGGCGGGUCUACGUACCACGCAAGCAGCACUGCAGGUCCUGGCUACCCUGCAUCUCACUGAGUACUUAUUUCCACCCCACGUUCAUAUACAUGAUGGAGAUAGUUACGAUUAUGUAAUAGUGGGAGCAGGAUCUGCAGGCAGCGUGCUGGCCAACAGACUGACAGAGGACCCUAAUGUAACUGUACUGCUCGUCGAAGCAGGAGGAGACCCUCCUAUAGAAUCUUUCAAUCCGGCAUUAAAUCCAUAUUUAAAGGAGAGUAAAGUAGACUGGAAUUAUAAAUCUGUCAACGAUGGAUACUCACAACAAUGCCACAAGCAUCAUGUAAUCGAUAUGACCCGUGGUAAAAUGCUUGGAGGAUGCAGCAGUGACAACAACAUGUAUUAUGUAAGAGGUGACCCCCACGACUACAACUCCUGGGCCGAUAUUGUCAAAGACAAAUCUUGGAACUACGAGAAUAUCCUUCCUUAUUUUAUAAAGAGCGAAAACUUACUAGAUCCCGCCGUUCUUAAUUCAUCUAACGGAAUAUUUCAUGGUACUGGAGGUUACUUAGGUGUUACAAGGCCGUCAUCGAAGGGUACCAUUAAAUAUUUAGAAGCUUUCCGAGAAUUGGGUCACAAAAUUGUUUUGGAUACAAAUGGAAAUUUUACGUUAGGUUAUACUCAACCGAUGUUCACUAUAGCUAAUGGCAUUCGAUCCAGUACAGCAUACUCAUUUUUAGGUCCAAUUAAGAGCCGGGAGAAUUUAUAUGUAUCUAAAAACACUUUGGCUAUAAAAAUAUUAAUUAAGGAUUUGAGCACUGUUGGAAUUGAAGCUAUAAAUGAGAACGGUAAAAAAGUAAAAGUAAAAGCAAACAAGGAGGUUAUUUUAUCGGCUGGUAGUAUUAAUUCUCCACAGCUACUUAUGCUGUCAGGUAUAGGACCUAAAAAGCAUUUAAUGGAUAAGAAAAUAGAUGUUAAAGUUGAUCUACCCGUUGGAGAAAAUCUACAGGAUCACGCGCCGGUUACGUUAGUUUAUAAAACAGAGAAGAUACAUAAACAAUCACGAUUCAACGAUGAAACUCAUGAUACAAUUGGUUACGUAGCUAUAAAUAAGACUCAGUUAUAUCCAGACUAUCAAGCAGUUAGUAUAAUACUCAAAGGAGAUCCAUUUCUUAUAUAUUGUGCAUUCACCUGUGCUUUAGAAAAUGAAAUUUGUCAAAAAUUCUACGAAGACAGUAAGGGAAAAGAGAAAUUAGUCGUCAUGUGCAGUGAUCUUCAUCCGAAAUCUCGAGGACGUAUAUUAUUGCGGAGUUCAGACCCAAAAGAGUACCCUUUAAUAUACGCUGGACAUUACUCUAACAAUAUAGACUUAGAAAAUUCUGUCAAGUACGUAAAAGACUUCAACCAAAUACUGAAUGCAACGUACUUUAAAAGCGUAAACGCUUCAUUACUGGUUACUCCAAAAUGCUCUGCUCAUGAACCAGGAAGUGAUGAUUUUUGGCGUUGUCACGUGCUUUGUACCGAAUCAACUAUUUAUCACUAUGUUGGCACUUGUGCGAUGGGUGCAGUGGUUGAUUCCCGACUUCGUGUUUAUGGAGUGAAGAGGUUAAGGGUGGUAGAUGGUAGUGUUAUGCCUAACGUCACCAGAGGUAACACUAAUGCACCGAUAAUUAUGAUUGCUGAGAAAGCUGCAGAUAUGAUUAAAGAAGAUAAUGCUAAAUGA